AGUUAUUAAGGAGCUAGCUUGCAGUUGAUUUUGUGAGAUGGAAGGUGGCUGCAGAAUCAAGUUAAGGAUUUUUAAGGUGGCUUCAUGCUUAUGGCUGUGGUUUAUUAUAAUCACAGCCACCCCAGCGCAAACUCAAAACACCACCGAUCCAGCUGAAGCUCGAGUUAUAAAUGAAAUGUUCAGCCAAUGGGGGAUAGCAGAAAGUUCAGUAGCAAAUAUGAGAUGGAACCUAAGUGGAGAGCCAUGCAGCGGCACUGCCUUGGACUCUUCCACCUUUGAUAACGUCUCUUACAAUCCUGGCAUCAAAUGUGAUUGCAGUUUCCCCAAUUCUAUUUGUCGCAUCAUGCAAUUAAGAGUUUAUGCAAUGGAUGCAGUGGGCACAAUCCCAGAAGGACUCUGGACUCUGGUUUACCUUACUAAUCUAGAUUUGCGCCAGAACUAUUUGACAGGUUCCUUGUCACCUUCAAUUGGCAAUUUAACUCGGAUGCAGUGGCUGACUAUGGGCAUCAAUGCUUUAUCUGGGGAACUUCCACCAGAGCUAGGACAACUUUAUGACCUUAGAUCGCUGUCAAUUGCCACAAACAAUUUCAAUGGUUCCCUGCCAUCUCAACUUGGAAAUUUGUGAAGAUUACAACAGCUUUACAUUGGUAGUUCUGGAGUUGGUGGGGAAAUACCUUCUACAUUUGCUAGUUUACAGAACCUGGUUACAGUAUGGGCUUCGGAUAAUGAAUUCACUGGGAGAAUACCUGACUUUAUAGGGAAUUGGACACAGUUAGAGUCAUUGAGGUUUGAGGGCAACUCUUUUGAAGGUUCAAUACCUCCUUCAUUCUCUAAACUCACCUCUUUGCAGGACUUAAGGAUAAGUGGUUUAUCAAAUGGAACUAUGGAUUUUAUUAGGGAUUUGAAGUCUCUUGGUGUUCUAGUUUUGAGGAAUAACAGAAUUUCUGGACCUAUACCAACUGACAUUGGAGAUUUUCAAAAUUUGACACGACUGGAUUUGAGUUUCAACAAUUUGAAUGGAAAAAUUCCCAGAGAAUUGUUCAACUUGAGUCGACUCUCUUUCUUAAUUCUUGGAAACAAUAGCUUAAAUGGUACCCUUCCCGAUGUAAAGAGCGCAAGUCUUCGCAAUGUUGAUGUGUCAUACAAUGAACUAUCCGGAACACUUCCUUCUUGGGUCAAUGAGGCAAACUUACAACUUAACUUAGUUGUCAACAACUUCACUUUAGGAGAUCCGGUAAACAGUGGCUUGCCUUCAGGUUUAGAGUGUCUCCAAAGGAAUUUUCCUUGCGCUCGUGGGUCCCCAAGAUAUAGUGACUUUGGAAUUAAUUGUGGUGGUCCUCCAAUUACAUCAUCUAACCAGUUACUUCAUGAGGAAGAAAAUGAAACACUUGGAGCCGCAACAUAUUAUGUGAGUUCUGAAAGAAGGUGGGGUGUCAGCAAUGUUGGUCAAAGUGACAACCCAAGAUAUACGGUUUCCUCUUCAAGCCAAUUCACUAACACUUUAGAUUCAGAACUUUUCCAGACAGCACGACUCUCUGCUGGAUCAUUAAGAUAUUAUGGUUUAGGGUUGGAAAAUGGUAACUACACAGUGACCCUCCAAUUUGCAGAACUAGAGAUAGAAGAUGGGCGCACUUGGAGAAGUCAUGGAAGGCGUGUCUUUGACAUUUAUUUGCAGGGAAGCCGGGUGUUUCGUGAUUUUGAUAUAAAAAGGGCAGCAGGAGGGGCCUCUUUUAGUCCUAUUCAAAGGCAAGAAACAGUUCAGGUUACAAAUAACUACCUUGAGAUUCAUUUAUUCUGGUCUGGAAAAGGGACUUGUUGUGUACCUAGGCAAGGGACUUUUGGACCUCUUAUCUCAGCAAUCAGUGCCACCCCAAAUUUCCGCCCUAGUGUCAGCAACACUCCACCCUCCACAAAGAAGAAUAAGACUGGUUUAAUUGUUGGGAUUUUGGUUCCUAUUGCAGUUGUUAGCUUUCUGUCAUUAUUAGCCCUAUAUAUUUUUCGUCAGCGGAAGAAAAAGCAGGACUCAUUUGACAAUUAUGAAGAAUUUUUGGGAAUUGACACCAGACCAUAUACCUUUAGUUAUGGAGACCUGAGAGAUGCAACAGAUGAUUUUAGUUCUGCAAAUAAGCUUGGCGAGGGAGGUUUUGGACCUGUUUACCAGGGAACACUUGAUGAUGGGAGAGUAAUAGCUGUUAAAAAACUCUCUGUAGCUUCCCACCAUGGCAAGGCUCAGUUUAUUGCUGAAAUUGCAACUAUAUCCGCCGUCCAACACCGCAACCUUGUUAAACUAUAUGGAUGUUGCAUUGAAGGAGACAAUCGACUUCUUGUUUACGAGUAUCUGGAGAACAAGAGUCUUGAUCAAGCCUUAUUCGGAGAGAACAGGUUAUCUCUUAACUGGGCCACACGGUUUGAAAUAUGCCUCGGGAUAGCACGCGGUCUUGCAUAUCUGCAUGAGGAAUCUCGAAUACGGGUUGUACACCGAGAUGUUAAAGCUAGCAAUGUUUUGCUUGAUUCUGAACUCAACCCCAAGAUCUCAGAUUUUGGUCUAGCCAAACUUUAUGAUGACAAGAAAACACACAUGAGUACUCGUGUUGCAGGCACAAUAGGGUAUUUGGCACCAGAGUAUGCAAUGCGUGGACACCUUACAGAAAAAGCUGAUGUGUUUGGGUUUGGAGUUUUAGCUCUAGAGAUUAUUUGUGGGAGGCCUAAUUCUGAUUCCACUUUAGAAGAUGAGAAAAUAUAUCUUCUUGAGUGGGCAUGGAACCUACACGAAGCUAAUAGUGAAGUUGAGUUGGUGGAUGAGGAAUUGUCUGAAUUCGAUGAGGAUGAACUGAAACGAGUGACGCGAAUCGCCCUUCUGUGCACCCAAACUUCACCAUUGCAAAGACCACCAAUGUCACGAGUGGUGGCAAUGCUUUCAGGAGAUAUAGAAGCAAGCAGUGUUAUUACUCGUCCCUCGUAUUUGAGUGAUUUUAAUUUUAAAGAUGCUACCACCUUCAAAAGUGCUGCUCCAGCUUUUGGUGCAAAUUCUAUGGCAAGUACAAGUCACUCCACUGUUUCACCAAGCACACCUGAUAAUGCUUCCAGACCAAUGCUUCAUAAUAUCAUUGGAGAAGGACGGUGAGACUACAUUGUUUGUUUGUUAAUAAUCUGUCUUGUGUAUUGAGGAUGGCUGAAUGAAGAUGUCAUUGGUAGCUAUAUAUAAAACUCUUUAUAUGUGAUAUGUUUUUUGUGAUAAUAUUUUGUUUUGCCGAUUGAACUGUAGUAUGAAAUCCCAUUUCUAUUAAUAAAGAAGGUGCAAUGGAGUUGUAUCCUUAAGUUAAUAGGUUUUACUUACU